CAAUGUUGCCGGGAGGUGUCUGCUGUUGUGUUUACAACCGUUUGUUUACGUGUGUGUAUGUGCAAUUCGUACUAUGAUACCUGUUAGGGUUAAUUCAUUUAACGAAAAUGGAUUGGGAGAGCCGGAGCAGGAUGCAAAUACAGCUCUUACAGAACUUGACAAAGGAUUAAGAUCUGGCAGAGUUGGAGAACAAUGUGAGGCAAUUGUCAGGUUCCCUAGGUUAUUUGAGAAAUAUCCAUUUCCAAUACUGAUAAAUGCGUCUUUGCUGAAACUGGCAGAUUUGUUUCGCAUAGGGAACAACUUUCUCCGUGUGUGGGUGCUGCAAGUAUGCCAGCAGAGUGAGAAGCAUCUUGACAAGAUACUAAAUGUUGAUGAAUUUGUUCGGCGAAUCUACAGUGUCAUACACUCAAAUGACCCAGUUGCACGAGCACUGACGUUGCGAACGCUUGGCAGUGUGGCAGGCAUCAUCCCAGAACGACAACAAGUUCACCACAGUAUACGCCGCAGCCUUGAUUCUCAUGACACUGUGGAAGUGGAGGCAGCUAUUUAUGCUGCCAUGCAGUUUGCUGCACAGUCAAAAACAUUUGCACUGAGCAUGUGCAACAAGAUCUCUGACAUGAUCCGGGGCUUAGCUACACCAGCCAACAUGAAGCUGCAGUUAAUCCCCAUUUUACAACACAUGCACCACGACACUCACUCGGCCGCUCUUGUUCGACAGCUGUGUACUGAGCUACUCCCUAGUUACCCGGCACAGGAGUUUGUGUCAGUAACGUUGAAGACACUUACUCAACUUGCAGCAGCAACUCUGGUUGACAUACCCAGUCAGGUGACUCUGCUUCUGGAGUACCUGCGCGAGGAUCCACGCUGGGCAGUGAAGGCACAGGUAGUGCGCGAUCUUCGUGCUCUGGCUCAGGUUGGCGCACACUUGUGGCCCGCAGGUGCCGUGGAAGCUCUGCUGGAGGUGGCAGAUACGACACCUUACGAGCUACUGCUGUCUCGCAUCCUUGACAUUCUGCUGGUGCUUGCUCAGUCCGCUGCCACUUGCCAAGCACAGUUGGGAUCAGAUUCACCUCUGAUGUCACUUUGCGAGCGUAGCAGCUAUUCAGCAAAUCCAACAGUAGCUGCCAAGGCUGUGCAGGUGAUGACUGAUGUCGUGUGUUACUGCUCACGAGAAGAUGUUGCCCAUGAUGUGUAUCGUACUGUGGACACUGUCGAGCUGUUGUUCCUAGUUGUCGCUCCCACUGAAGACUGCAGCAGGCAACUGUCCACGUGUCUUCGUUGCGCUGUCUCUCUUUGCCGGCACUGUUCAGAUUUGGUUCCACGUUUUGUUCAGUUACUAGGUGCACAACUUGUUGCUCAAGAUCUCCACCGUGUGCUGCUGUGUGAAGCACUUGGUGCUAUUGGGGGCUUCCAAGCAGGAGCACUUGUUCCCAUCCUGCCAGAUUUGUUGCAGCUGUUGCAGUCAUGUCAAGGUUCUCGUGAAAAGGUAAUGCUUUGCACAUUAAUAUUCCAGACAAUGUUAACAUAUGAGUGGCCACUCGAGAUACGAAAAGCAGUUGAGGCAGUUUCAGAGAAAGCUGAUCUUUGGGCAAAUUACAGGAUAGCUCGAUCUGCCGCCAGAUAUGGUCACCAUGCUGUAGCAGCCAACAUCUUCGGUCGCCUCCAGGAAAAUGUGGCAUCAGAGCAACUGCACUUCUGGCUUGUAUCUUUGGAGGCACUGUGCCGUGGUGAGACCGCUCUGCAGGGUGGGCAGUUGCCUGGGACUGUGCAGAGGAUCGAGACAGCUGUCACUCACUGCUGUAAAGCUACUGCAGCUCUCAAAGCUGCAAGCACGCCUGCGCACUCACUGCAGUUUGCAACUGACUACACGCGGCUGCGUGGAGAGUUCCUGCAGUGCCUCGCACAACUAGCACACGCCUGCCACAGCCUGUGUACUGCACCACCACCCGCUGUAGCGUCUUCUGUAGCUGAGAGUAGCCGCGACCCACUGCAGCGGUUUGGCCAUAUCACAGCCCAGCUGCGUAAGUGUGUGAAAGACUUUCGCUUAUGUGGUGAAAUGUACUGGAAGCUCUACCAGUCUGCUUUUGAUGCUGAUCCUGCAUCUCUUGCAAAUAUUCAAAUCUUGCAGCAGAUGUGUGUGUUGAUGGCACACACUUUGGAAAGAGUGUCACAAGCAACCUAUCAAGAAGACCCUGUGCUUGACUUCAGUGACAGCAUAUACCAGCAGAGUAACCUGGAAACACAGCAACUGGUAAAGCGUUGUCAGCAGGCGAGUGCUUUAGCCCAGCAGUUACCACAAGCAGAAGGGCCUAAAGUAAUCAGCCACCAGCAUGUGGAGAUUCUUUUGCGUCAGGUAGAAGUGCUGUCUCAGACACCACUUUAUAUUCCACGGUUUUUCUUCCAAGUGUUGCAGUCUACUAGUGUGAAGCUGGCCAUUUCCCCACAACCACGGGUACCUGGUGAACCAAUUGCAGUGCAGAGUGGAUCACAACUGGCUGUUAAAGUUGAAGGUGUGAUUCUGCAUGGACGCCGUUGGGCGGGGCGUUUCCGGCAGACGGCUGCGGUUACUGUUACUGUCUCUUGCCAGCUACAGCAGCCACGAACAGCACAGCUCCAACCAGAUACCAAAAUGGGAGAGGCUGCAGGUGGGUCUGUACUGACACAGACCGUUUCACCACAUCGUGAUUAUUUUACAGCACAGUUCCUCCUGGCGUUUCCUGUCGGGGGUCAGUACAUGUUGCUUGUAGAGGCAGCAGUUCUUGAUGAGCGAGGUGACAUUUGGCGCACCGGUCCACGUGCGUCAAUGGCAGUAAAAGCGCAUGAAGAACCGACACAAAGGCGGCUGCCACACCGUCAGGGAGCCGGUUUCAUGCAUCGGGAGCACAACGUUUCUGAGCUGUCUAACUAGUGAGAUGGAUGUAUUGAUCAUCUGGCAAAUAAUUGACUGAGCAAGUGUCAGAAAAAUGAAUAAUAUAUCUCAUUUUAAAGUGAGUUGUGGAACUGCUGUUAAAAUAAGGAAACGUCAAGACGUUGUAAUGACGGCUAAGAUUGCGAAUAAAUAUUAAGUACACAUUCGUAUUCAUUUGCGUACUCAAUGUACAAACGAAACACGGAUAAAAUACUUCAUAGUCGUUGCAUUUUGUAGUUUUGUCUUCGACCACUUUGUGAGAAUCACAAAAUUCUGCAUGUGCCGGCAGCUAUUGUACAAGAGCACCGAUUUUUCUGAUGUAGGUGCCAGGACAUUUGAUAGAGAAGACAACAUUUUUAGUUGCACCCAAAAACAAAUAUAACAUAGAAUUGGA